AUGGAAGAUAUAUUCACAGAAGAUGACGAGUUUCUAAAAGGAGAUAAUCUUGAUGAUUUGUCACAAUUAGAUUUGUCUCCAACAAUAGAAGAAAGUCAAUUUGUUAAACAUUUAUUAAAUGGACUAUCACUUGAAAAUCAAGUUGCAUACGAUCAAGCAUUGAAUGAAUUACUUCAAAUAAAAAACAACCACCAAUUAGUAAAUCAAAAGUUAAGGAACAUCAACAACAAUGCAUUUGAACCAUUAUAUGAGUUUCGUCUUGCAGAAGUUAAUCGUAAAGAUGGAUUAAGUUUGUAUUCGUCUGUUCUCAAUGGAUCUGAUCGUGUGGAUUUUAUUUCUCCUGAAACUUUACAUGAAAAGGUGGCUAGUCAUAUACUUCAAUCAAAAUAUGUAAACGUUGAUAGUUUCUUAUCUGAAGCACAAUAUAAAACUCAAGAAGAAUAUUGGGAUAAAAUCAAACAAGGUGCUACAUUGGAUGGCUCACCAAUACUUCAAGUUUUGGCAUCUUUGUAUCCAAAAUAUUUACUCUGUAUUAUUUCAAGAACCGAAUGUGGACCUGAAAAAGUUGUUAUAGAUGUGUUAAAAUAUGUUGACGACAUUUCAUCGUACAAGAAAUGUGUUUUUAUAUAUUAUGAUGGUAUAGUUGGUCAUUAUAGACCUUUAUAUUUAUACAAUAAAAGGAAUGAGGAAGAAGAAAAAAGCAAUUUUAAAUAUAAAGACAAUAGGAUGAGACUUCUUGUUCGAAACUUUAUUCAAGAAGAACUUAAAUAUAAUGACUAUGUUGAUUUCGAAGAUACAAGUGUCAUCAAUCGACCUGAAAUAAUAUCAAACGAAAACAUGGAAGAUGAUAUUCCAUCUGAUUUAUCUGCUGAUAAUAGUAUUAUGAAUACAGAACAAGCAUCAGAGGACGGCGAGAGUUCGUCUAUAACAAAUGCAACAAAGAUCUUUUCAUCAUCAGUAUCGAAUACAAAUACAGACGAUCACAUACCAACAGAAACAUCAAGAGAUUCAUUGGGAAUAACACAAAAAUUUGUUCGAAAAGAUGCUCUUGGUGGCGGUGAUUGCCUUUUUUCAUCUCUUUGCAACGUAUUGGAUAUUGCCGAUAAAAUUACCAUUAAAGAUUUACGUAAGCAAGUUGCUGAUUUUAAUCGUCAACCGGGUAAAAUUGAUGAAGAUUGGUUAUUAAAUACAACCAAGAAAACUGUUGAUCAAUAUUGUGAUAAGAUGGAAAAAACUACUGCAUGGGGUGGUCAACCAGAAAUUCUAGCUGUAGCUGAAUUGUAUGAGACAAAUGUUCGUGUUAUAAGGGUUGAUCCUCAACAAUCAUAUGUAUCUAUUUCUGAACUUCCUUCAAAUCAAACAUCAUUUAAAAAAUGUUGUUAUAUUAUUCUUAAUAAUGAUCAUUAUGAAUCAUUACAUCUACGUAUUGGAAAUAAUUCAAAUGACGAACAUUCAAUUUUUGAUUCCAAUGAUGAGGAAAAUGAAGCACCGAUGGUUUAUUUAAUUAUAGAUUAUAAAUUGAUAUCAUCCAACAAUAAGACAGAUAUUGACAAACUUGUAAUGCAGCUUCAUGAAAAAUCUUCCAAACAGUUUGUUGAACCAACCAACUUAAUAACCAUGACUGGUACCAAAAAUUUAUCAAAGAAACGAAAACGAGGAGAAAAUGACGACGAUUUAACUAUGGGCGAAACUACAAAUAUAUUGGCUUCAUCAAUUUUGAAGAAAAAUAAUGUAUCUCAUACAACGCCCAUAGAACAAUAUCAACUAGGAGAUGCAACAAACUCUCAUAACAAACAAAAUCAACAACAAAUAAGAUUUCAAACUGAACCUACACAAAAAUUUCGUGCUCGCUAUUUAACUCAGUAUAUACCGAAGAACACAUACAAACGUGAUGGUAAAACAAAAUCUAAACAAAGUAGUCCCACGUAUUUUCCUGAUAGAAACAAUAAACAUUGUCUCACAUUAUUGAUUCCAUCAAUGCUUGUAUUCGGUGAAAAUCCUGUUGAUCUUCAUCGUAUUAAACAAUCAAUAAAUAAUAUGUAA